CCUUCCUGUGACAUCAGCAGUAAACAGGAAGCUAUAAAUACAGGAAGUGAGGGCACACUUCCUCCUUUUGUUCCUGAAACACAGGUAAAUAAGGUGAGUUCAAACAAAGUAAAGUGGACAAACUAACAGUUGAAAUAAAUAAAAUGUUAACUUAAUAAACUUGUCAAAGAUGAUUUAAACCAAGAUGUUAUACUAAGUAAUCUUUAAAAGUGCAAAGCAUAAACAAAUCUGGGAUAGUAAAUGUUUGCAAACUACAGAAUAAGUUUAAAUAAACUAAUCAAAAAAAGAAUGUUAACUAAGAAUAACACGCCUAAAAUCUGGGCAAAUGGUGUUCUCACCCACUUUGUCACAAGAAGAGAGGUUAGAUUUAGGACUGCUCAGUGGGAUGUGAUAAACUGGAAGGCUGCAUGAAAAUCCUCUGCGGUUUAGUGCAGGAUAAACAGGUUAGUUCGCUGUGAUGGAUUUAAAGUAACAAACAGUGUGUGACUGGUGCACAGUGGCUGUGGCUUCAUGGUCAGAGUUGGGUUACCUCAAUUGUAGCAGAGAUUCAUGGUUUUUCAGAUGAUGAUGCUUAGAUUUAUUCGCUCUUACGUUCAUAUCAAAGUUUGUGUUUUGGGGUUUUUUGUGUUGUUGUUGUUGUUGUUGUUUUAAAAUGUGCGCGUUUGCUUUCCUUGAGUUCAAUACGGUAUUUUCAUCAAUUGCGCAAUGCACAGCAAAACGAAAAUAUGAAGAUGAACACAGGCCAUUUUUAACAGAGUGGGAGAGUUUAUAUUUUUUUGUUGAACGCAAUGGCAAGCCAUUCUGUCUUAUGUGUCAGACAUCAUUAGCGCAUUUCAAAGCUUUAAAUCUUUAGCGCCACUUCAGCUCACUCCGUGCUAACAUUGACCGGGAAUUCCAAAAGGGACUGAACUUCGCAAGCACGAGUUUGCCACUUUGAAAAGUCAGGUAGAAAAGCAGAUACAGUUUUUCAAAAAGUUUACGAAGCGGUCAGAGACCAUAACGCUCGCAUCCUAUCAGCUGGCUUGGAACAUUGCACGGGCUAAAAAGCCAUACAAUGAAGGGAAGUGCGUUAAAAAAUGCCUCAGUGACGUUGUUGAAAUUUUGUCUCCUGAAAACAACAACCUAAAAAGCAUGGUGUCAGACGUCCAACUGUCCCGCCACACUGUUGAACACAGAAUGUCGGACAUUAACACGGCUAUUGAAUCACAGUUGCACUCUGACCUUCAAGCAUAUAACGUCAUGAAGCCUGUGAUGGAAAUCGUCAACUACAUCCGCACUCAUGCACUUAACCACAGGCAAUUCAAGAAUCUCAUCGCUGAGCUGGACCAAGGGCUUCCAGGUGACCUGCCGCUGCACUGCACUGUGAGGUGGCUGUCAAAAGGCCAGGUACUCUCUCGCUUCUUUGAGCUUUUGGAUGCCGUGAAACUGUUUAUGGAAGAGAAGGACAAGGACUAUCCCGAGCUCUCGCACCUCAAGUGGAUUAUGGAUCUGGCCUUUUUGGUCGACAUGCUGUGUCACUUGGACAGACUGAACCUGACCCUGCAGGGUAAGUUAAAAAUGCUGCAAAGUGUGUGCACCAAACUGAAGCUGUUCAAGAUGCAUAAUCAAAAGGGAGAUUUAACGCAUUUUCCCGCUCUGCUAAAAGCCAGCAGGCAAGUCGCCAGCGCCGCCCUGAGUAAGCAAAGAGCCAGAUAUGCAACGCUGGUUGAAAACUUGCACGAAAGCUUCGUGACCCGGUUCCAUGAUCUACAAUUGAAAAGGCCACAGAUUACGUUUCUCGUCAACGCAUUUAAUGCAGACACGGGCUGUUUGAAAGUCCCGCUAGUCACAGAUGAAGCUGCGGCUGAGUUGGAGUUGAUAGAUCCUUGUGAGGAGGACCAAUUUAGACCAUUGAGUUCUGGAAAAGUGUCCCAAUGGAAAAAUAUCCCAAUGUCAAAUGGGCUGCGCUUAAGAUACCGUCAAUGUUUGGGUCAACAUACUUCUGCGAGUUUUCUCUACCCUGAAACAUGUGAAAUCCAAGCAUCGAUCUGUUCGGACUGACACUCAUGUGAAAGAAUUGCGUCGAGUGACAACGACGGAAUACAAGCCAGAUCUGAAGAGGACUGUUCAAGGCAAGGAUUGCCAGAUUUCCCAAUAAACAUCAUGCAUUGUAAAAGAAAAAUGCUAUUGUAGAUUAUUAUAUUUUUGUUUGUGGACUUGGUUGAACUGAGAGUUUGUGUGUGUGUGAGACAGUGCACACAAUGUUCAUUGUUGAAAGUGACUGGCGUGUGGUUUUAGUACUGUAGGAGUCCAUUUCUGUCAUCAUGUUGGUGUGUGACAUUUACAAUAAAUCUGACUGAGCAGAGAUGUGUGUAUUUUGUGUGUGUGUGUGUGAGAGAGAGAGGAAAGGAUGGGUGAUGCCCAUGUGUGCCCAUGUGUAUGAUGGGGCUCUUUGUGGUAACACAGUAAAAAAAAAAAAAAAGUGGCUCUUGGUCUCUGACUGGUUGGCCGCCCCUGAUCUAGAAAAACACAGCAUAAAGUCAGUGUAGAGGAUGGAAAUCAGCCAGAACAACACAUGACAUUUUGCAAAUCUACAAAGAGCAACAGGUCAGCUGAUCACAGCCUAUACACAAAGAAAAUCUACUGGAGCUCACAAUAGAAAUUAUUGUUAUGAGUUAUGAUUCUUUUCCUCAUACUGAGCCUCUACAACUAAUUUAAGGGUUCCUCCACUUGCUGAAUCCCACUUUAACCCCUAACUAUAUAUAUAUUCCUGUUUAGAAGCAACGUCACCCUCUACAAUGUAGGCAACAGAAAAUAGAUAAUUUUAUUUUCAUUCUUCAGAUUCAAGCAGAGUAUAAGUAGAAUAAAAAAGGUUUGUAUUUCCAUCUACUGAUAUUAUUUUAUCGUUACAUUAACAUAGUACAAGGUCCAGUUAGCUCUGUACAAAAAUAGAGACAUCCUCCAAAGGGCUACUUUUUACUUUCUUGCUUUGAGGACAUUUCCGAGCCUAUACUUUCUUAUUUGUACUUGCAUAAAUAACAUGAAUCAGUACCUGAACUUUUACUGGUGUAUUUUUUAACAGUAUUUGUACUUCUACAGCACAGAAAGUCUGUACUUUUGCCAACUCUGGUUAUCUGUGAUCUUAACUAGGUUAUUAUUUGUUAUCAAAUCAGAAUUAGAGGCAUUCUAUACCCCAACAAGACACUGACCAAUAUGUUUUAUUUCUACGAGGGUUGAUUUUGUGGAACUAAAAAAGAUAACCAGCGGCCAACUUUCUGAAUAAAUGAUAAACAGCAGUAUGUAAAUGUUAAGUUCACUAUUAUUAGUGCAAUGAUGUUGAAUAAUAUUGCUGAAACCCAUUUUCAACCUGUCUUGCUGAAUUGAAACUAAAUGCUAUAUCAGUCUGAGUGCAUUUUUCGUCAGAGCUGGGCUUGAAAUCAACCUUGUUUGAAGUGAUAAUGAUAGCAUUGAAUUCUCGAUAGUGAAAUCAUAACGUUUUACUUACUGAACAGGUUCUGUCUGGAUAUAUAGUCAGGGUUUUGGCACCAGUGGUGGUACGAAUAAGUAUUUUUGACAUUGUUCUCUUAAUUUCAACAAUGAGGCAAUCUGCAUGAAAGGCAUGCCAUGCCCAAGACUCAUAUGAGAGCAGACCACAGGAGGGAAACAGAAACUGUGUUCUUCCUUUGUGAGGAAAAGAGAAAAAUAAUUGUUUCUGGCACCUUUUUCUGCCAGACGAGUCAUGUCUUUUGCCAAGCUGUUGCCUCUGGUAGUGAGGCAAUUUCCUCUGUCUUUUUAAUGUAGCUGCCAUGCGUGCAGUUUUUCUUUCACAGAUUUAUUUCUGGAUCCCCUCGCUGUGAUAAACAAAUGAGCGCUGCUGGUCAUCGGCUUAUGAUUGUUCUCCAUUAUGAGUUCACUUUGAUAUUUCGGUAUACACUACUGGUUGUGCAUAUGGCUACGAUUCCAUAAUUGUGUUAAACUUUAAUAUGUAGCAAUUCUUACUGCAGUCCUCUUAUGUUGCCAAAUAUAGUAUAUUCAAACCACUGCACUGUGUAAAUUUUUGAACUGUUUGACACAUGGCUCAUUUUUACAGCAUCCCUUGGGUUAUUUAGACACCUGCUGGAUUCAAAUGAACCCAAGGAAUGGAAAUGUAGUCAUUAACAUACUGAUUCAGAUACAAGGUGGUAGUAAGACAUCAACUCCCCUCCUUUCACUGACCAAAUAUAGCAACGUUAAUUUAAAAACUAAAACGGAAAGACACAAUGGCUGUCAUCUGCAUCAAGAUUUUCAUACUUAACUGUAACUAAAAAACAAACAAACAAAAAACUAAACUAAAAUUAG